AUGUCCAUCCCGCACUUUGUCACUGCCACUCCCCCAAAAGAGAGGUGGUACCAGCGCAUCGAGGAACGGGUGCACGCCCCUACCGUCCGGGUGUUCAAGUAUACGACGGCAGUACCCCGCGGCGUCGCAAACCACAUGGUCACGCCGAGGGUGUACAUCACCUCCUUCAUCUGGGACGGGGGGACGUUGUCGAGGUCGAAACUUAUCGAAGCGUGGACGGCGCUUCUGGAUUCCCGCACACUACUUCAAUCUGCAAUUGACAAGUUACAACGUAUCCUCGCCGGACGGUGUACGUAUGUAUCGGCGCACCUCGGUUCUGUUCUUGUACAAGUAGACGAGGCUAUUCGGAUAUUCAAACACGAUCUCGCCUGUCUAUCUAAGAUUGAGUGCUCGGGCUCGGGCUCAUUCCCGUCGAGUUGGCGGAAAUACAACGGCCCCGAUCCGGUCCUCGAGCGCGCCCUGGCUUACGGGGAGGAGAUGAGUGAUGGCGUUUUUCGCGCCGCUGUCCAGUUGCUAGAGAGGCCGAUACAUGCCCGGAUUGCCGGGGCGCUUGAUACGGCACGGACGUUGGCCGACUCCCUUGCCCCAGGACAGUGGCGGAACGAGUCGACGCCGUCCUUGACUUGGUCGCGUCUGUCGCCUCUGUCGCCUCUGUCACUGUCUCCGUCUCCGUCGUUGUCGGCAUCGUGGGAGAUUGCGCGACGCCAUGAGGAUCCAGCAGAGACGUUCCGGCGUACCUGGCCGUCUCGCCGUACGUUGCCAAGACGGAGGGCGUGGGUGUUUGAGGACGAGGGCGUCCGUGGGGCGAUUGCUGUCUAUUCCAGCAGUGGGGAGAGAGGGAGCGUCGAUAGUGCUUCUGGCAAGUCGAUCCAGGGAGGGGCCUUGGGAUGA